AUGAAAUCACUUUUCAUGUUUACAUGUCUUAUUGCAUUGACUUUAUCUGCAGAGAGCUGCUAUAUGAUUGACGAAACCAAUCAAUGUAUAAAAGAUAGAGAUACAAAAGAAUGUACGGGUGCCGUGGUAAUUGAAGAAACUGAUGCCAAACCACUUUGUUCAGAGGCUUUCAUGGGAAACACUGCUAUCACCAGUUUUGAAUAUCAACCAACAACAAAAUUGGUCAUUGGAGCAAAAGCUUUUAAAGGUGCAACAAUGUUAAGCACGGUCACAAUUGAAAACAAGAUUGAAUCCAUUGGAGAAGAAGCCUUUAGUGGGUGUGCAGCACUUACAACUAUCGACUUGGCAGAAGUUAAUACAAUUCCAACCAGUUGCUUUGAAGGAUGUACCAUGCUUACCACUAUUACUAAUGGUGAAUCAAUUACAACUUUUGAUGAUUCUUCUUUUAUCACUAGUGGUUUGACUGCAAUAACUUUUGGCACAACAGUCACCAAACUGGGAAAUAGUGCUUUUAUGGGAACCAAACUUGUGACAUUAAUACUGCCAACCACUCCAAUAACCACUUUUGGAACUGGUGUUUUCGAAGGAAUAACAACACUUACCGAAGCCACUAUUACUGGAUUAACCAAUGUGCCAGAUUCAACAUUCAAAGGAUGCACAACACUUGCUACAGUUACGGGAAUGGAGUCUGUGGUUUCAUUUGGUGCAAGUUCAUUCGAAUCUACUGCACUUACCAGCCUCGUAUUUGCAAAAGAAGUAACACAAUUGGGAAACAUGGCGUUUAAAAGUCUUUCCGCUGUUACUGAAUUAUUAAUACCAACUGUGACAGAAUUUGGAACCCAUGUAUUCGAAAAUGAUGAAAAGGUAACUCACGCGGAUUUGGCAACAAAUACUGUGAUCCCUGAAGGUACUUUUAAGGGUUGUACCAAAUUAAUGAAUGUCUCUGGGACACAAAAGGUUACUUCAGUUGCUAAUGAUGCUUUCAGUGGUUGUACGGCCCUGGAAAGUAUCAAUUUGUAUAGUCCACUUACUUCACUUUUGGAUCCACUCACUGACCAAAAGAAUUUGAUGUUCCACGGCACAGUUGCGCCAACAACUUUACCAACCGAAACCCCAUUGAAUGCCGAUUUACACAUAUACGUAACAGUAAAUUACACUGCAUCUACUUUUGGAAGUGUAAAUGUACUCAAGGCUGGGUGCACUAAUUUCCAAUGUGUUGAUGUUAGUGAACCUGUAACUCCACCAAGUCCAGCAGGAAAACUGGCAGGCGAGUUCACUCCGAAUUGCAAAGCAUGUGAUACCGAUUUCUUAAGUAUUGAUGGAGCUAAUUACUAUUGUGAAUAUGAUAUGACUGUUUGUAAAAAGGCUCGUGAUAAUUGUAAAGUGUGUGCUGUAGACAAAUGUUACCAAUGCAACGAAAAUAUGUAUCUCGAGCAAGACAUCAGCAAAUGCGUUUCUGAAUGUGAAGAUGGAUAUUAUAAAGACACUGUUAAUCUUACAAACUUCAAUUGUAUGAACUGUAUGACUGAGUGUAAAAAGUGCACAGAGAAUACCAAAUGCACAGAAUGUAAAACUGGUAUGCUCAUUGAAGAUACUGGAAAGUGUACUACUGGAUCUACUUGUCCGGCUGAAUAUUACGCAGAUGGUACAACUUGUAAAAAUUGCGACUCGACUAAAAAUUGCGCGACUUGUGAUUCAAUAAGAUGUUUAACAUGUAAAAGUGGAUAUUACAUGAAAGGUGAUGUUUGUGAAUUGUGUUCAACACCAAUGCCAAAUUGCGCGACUUGCACUGCAAAUAAUGUUUGCACCACUUGCUCGUCUGACAAUCUUCAACCUGAUAAAACCGGAUGCAAAGCCACCUGCCCCGAUAUGUACUUUGCCAAAGACAAUAUGUGUACUUCUUGCACUCAAAAUUGCAAGACUUGUACUGAUGAAAACACAUGUUCAGUCUGUAACGACGAUUCUUUCUUGAUAGAUGACACCAAAAAAUGUUCCAAAACCAAUUGCCCUGCAAUGUAUUACAAAGUUGAUAAAACAUGCAAGAAGUGUAUGGAAGGGUGCGACAAAUGCACAAACGACAAAGACUGUUCGGAAUGUGUUGCUCCGAAAUUGUUGGAAGAGGGAACAAUGAAAUGUGUUGAUACUUGUGCUGAUGGUUUCUUUAAAGUUGAUACAACCAAGUGUAAUAAAUGCAUGGAAAAUUGUAUCAUGUGCACAGCCAUAGACACGUGCGAAAAGUGCAAAGAAAAUAUGUUCUUGAUGGAGAACAAGUGUGUUGAUGUUUGUCCAGAAAAGUAUUUCGAAAUGGAAGGAAUGUGUAAUAAGUGCAAAGACACUUACCAAACUCCUUGCAAAGAAGGUGAUAAAGAGUGUGAAACAUGCUCUGGCGCAUUUGAAACUCUUGUUGCUGCUUUGAUCUUGGCUUUCAUGGUCAUUUUCUAA